AUGCUUCCAACCUUGGUGAGGAUAGAGCUGAUCUCUGGGUUGAUCUACUACAACUCCACUCGACUCUUGACCUUGACAACAACUGCUGGAUCGUGGGGGGGUGAUCUCAACCAAAUUAUGUAUCCCUUCGAACAUUCCAGCCCCUCCGUAAAUGUAUCGAAUGGUCUCAUGUUCCAGCUACAAAACUGUUUUCUUCAAGCUGGCCUUUUUGAUCUUCGCUUCUUGGGUCCCUGUCACACUUGGACAAACAAAAGCCCUGAUGCUCCAAUAGCAAAGAAGCUUGAUCGGUUACUGGUACAGGCGCUCUCCCAUCCUUCUCAGCAGACGUUCCAAGCAGAUAAACUCCUCCAUCAGAAGUGGCUUUUCCUAAGGGAGAUAGAGGAAGCUUUUUUCAGAAUCUGCCAAGUCAGAGCAAGUUUUAAUGCUGUAAGAGCUUUUCUCUCUGCCACGGGUAUCUGGAUCACCGACCCUAUUGCCAUGAGCCACCAUGCUAUCUCUCACUUUGAAUCUGUCCUGGCUCCUCAAUGCGCUGCUACUGUUGUUUGGUCUUCACCGGAUUGGUUUGCGCAGCUUCAUGACUUCCGUGUCUCUACUGGGCAAGUACAGCACUUCUUCUCUUCUGGAUUCCUGCCUUUUGCAGCGAAUGCUACUAUCCUUUCUUUGGUCCCAAAGUUCCCGGGAGCGUCAAGAGUCACUGAGUAUCGGCCUUUCUCCUGCCUCAAUACCAUAUACAAGAUCAUAUCCAGACUUCUCGUAAGAAGACUCAAGCCAAUCCUCUCAGAUCUCAUACUUCCAAAUCAAACUGCAUUUGUAAAAGGGAGGAUAUUGGUUGAGAACACAACACUGGCAGGUGAGCUGAUAAAUGGCUAUCACAAGCACAAAGGGAGUAAAAGAAUUACCAUUAAGGUGGACAUUGCCAAAGCUUUCGAUACGUUGUCUUGGGAUUUCCUAUUUUCCUGUCUGCGUGAGCUGAAUCAAUUCCUUGCUAGAUUAAGGGCAUGUAUCUGCACUACGAGUUUCAUGGUUGGUUACAAUGGAAUGGUUAAUGGGUAUUUCAAAGGUAGGAGGGGCUUAAGGCAGGGAGAUCCUCUCUCUCCCUACCUGUUUGUCAUAGCCAUAAAUUGCCUCUCGCAUAUGCUAAACAAAGCCGCUGCUCAAAGUAGAAUGGGGUUUCAUGCAAAGUGCAGGAAAAUAAAGCUUACUCACCUUUCCUUUGCUGAUGAUCUACUAAUCUUCACUGAUGGUUCUAUUGAGUCGGUCCAGUGUGUGCUGCAAGUACUACGUGACUUUGAGUACCGCUCGGGUCUUGCUAUGAGCAACCAAAAGACUAGCUUCUUUGUAUCUGGACUGUCGGAGGAUGAGGUAAACAGAAUUCAGGUAUCAACGGGCAUGUCUUGUGGAACCUUGCCGUUUCGUUAUUUAGGAGUUCCGUUGAAUUCCAAGAAACUAUCUCUCUCCGGCUGUGAUACCCUGUUACAGCAAAUAAAGGCAAAGUUCUCCUCCUGGUCAGUAAAAACGCUAUCCUUCUCGGGAAGAUUGCUCCUAAUCAAGACGGUUAUCUCCGGCAUAACAACAUUCUGGUGCUCAGCGUUCAUUCUUCCUAAAGCUUGUAUUGAAAAAAUCAAUUCAAUGUGUAGUACCUUUCUGUGGAAGGGAGACCUGGAGAGCCGGAACAAUGCGCGAGUGGCUUGGGACACGGUUGUGCUUACAAAGGAGCAAGGUGGACUUGGAGUUAAAGAGCUGUACACUUGGAACAAAGCUUGUGCUCUUCGCCUCAUUUGGAUGCUUUUCUUUCGGCCACAAUCAGUCUGGGUCUGUUGGUUCAAAGAAGUCAUCCUGCAAGGAGAAGUGGGCAACUAUUGGAUCACUAAGCCUAAACCGUCCAACUCGUGGCUGGUGAAUAAACUCUUAAAAAUGAAAACUGUGGCUUACCCUCUCAUUCGCUUGUGUGUGCAGAAUGGGAGAACUUGUAGGUUCUGGACUGACAAUUGGACCCCCUUCGGUUGUCUUGAAACUUAUCUCCAAGCUGAAAACUCACACCUUGGUAUCCCGAUCAAAGCAACGCUAGCAUCUCUUUCUCGCAAUGGAUCAUGGCGCAUUCCUUCCCCAAGAUCAGACGCGCAGCUCAACCUAAUGGCGUAUCUAACAACGAUAGCUCUCGUCACAGAUGAUGACUAUUAUGAAUGGGUGAUUAAUGAUAAAGUGCGGUCUCGGUUCGCUACAGGUGAGGUCUAUACUUACUUGUGUGGGGAUGUUGUUGUGGAACGUUGGGCUCCUUUGGCUUGGCCAUCUAGAGGUAUUCCACGGCAUAGUUUCCAUUGUUGGCUUGUCCUCAAAGACAGGCUUCCGACUCGUGACAGACUUCUCUGUUGGGGCUUGCAAGUUCAACCCCUAUGCUUACUGUGUAAUGCUUUUCCGGAAUCCCGUGAUCAUCUCUAUUGGGAAUGUGAUAUGACGUUUCAACUUUGGGGGCGAGUAUCUACAAAGUGCGGUCUUGAUCCUCUUCGUAGAUGGGCUCCGGCGAUUGAACAACUAUUUUCUCUCCCUCCACCAAGGUCGGCUCGUAUUCUUACUCUCUUAGCGUGGCAAGUAACAAUCUAUCUGAUUUGGAAUGAGAGGAACUCAAGGCUACACUCAAAUACCUUCAGAUCAGUGGAUGCUCUUCUCUUGAUUAUUGAUCGCCAGAUUCGGAAUAAGAUUUCCAGCUUCAGAGAAACUGAUCCUAUCUUCGCGUCAGCACUGAUGCAGCGAUGGCUUGCUUAG